AUGGCAGAUUCAACGGACCUUUCUUCUUCUUCUUCUCCUUCAAGUGCUGAACCAUCCACGGAGAACAAAAUCUGCAAUAAAAGAGGCAACGAAAAGAAAAUAUGGGAGACGUUUCGCCUUAUUUUGAAAAAGAAUCGAGCUGGUUUCUCCGACGCAAUCUCAUCUCUCGACUUGGCACAAUUGAGAACUGAAUUAGAAAGAAUAGAUGAACAAUCUGUGGAACCGGUUCCCGACGAUUGCUUAACAGAUACUGCAGAAUCCAAACAAUCAGUACAGAAGCUUUCCACGGAAAUCGCAGAAUCCAAACAAUCGGUGGCGAAGCCUUCGACGGGAACCGUUGAAUCCAAACAAUCGGUAGCGAAGCCUUCGACGGAAAUCGCAGAAUCCAAACAAUCGGUAGCGAAGCCUUCGACGGGAACGGCAGAAUCCAAACAAUCGGUAGCGAAGCCUUCGACGGGAACCGCAGAAUCCAAACAAUCGGUGGAGAAGCCUUCGACGGGAACCGCGGAAUCCAAACAAUCGGUGGAGAAGCCUUUGACGGAAACCGCGGAAUCUAAACAAUCGGUUGAGAAGCCUUCGUCGGAAACAGCAGAACCAGAGUCGAAUUCGUCGAAAACCAGCACUUCUUCAGACUCUAAACAUCAGAAUAGUUCGAAUUGGCGUGGAUUCUUCCCUUCGCUGAGAAAAGGCGUUGCAAUCCCUAUUUAUGGUUUCCCUCCAUUGAUACCCAAGUUCACGAGAAAAAAAGGCAAGAGAAUCAAAGACAAAGAGGAACUCAUUCCGCAACCAUCAAUUGAGUUGGAUACCGAUGCGUUUAAUUUUAAAGCUUCUUGGAAGAACUUCACCUUCGCUGAGCUUCAGGAAGCAACUGAUAACUUCAGCCAUGAGAAUUUGAUAGGAGAAGGAGGGUAUGCGGAAGUUUACAAAGGGAAAGUAGAAGAUGGAAACCUUGUGGCCGUAAAAAAGCUAAUGAGAGGGUCACCGGAAGAGAUGACAAUGGAUUUCUUAUCAGAACUGGGAAUUAUAGUUCAUGUGGACCAUCCUAAUAUUGCUAAACUCAUUGGCUAUGGCGUCGAAGGAGGGAUGCACCUUGUUCUUCAAUUGUCUGCUCAUGGAAGUUUGGCUUCUUUACUUUAUGGGCCAAAGGAGAAGCUGAAUUGGCGCAUGAGAUUCAGGAUUGCUGUAGGAACUGCAGAAGGCCUUAAAUAUCUUCACGAAGGUUGCCAAAGGAGAAUUAUCCAUAAAGAUAUCAAGGCCGCUAACGUUUUGCUUACAGAAGACUUUACUGCUCAGAUUGCGGAUUUUGGGCUUGCAAAAUGGUUACCUGAUCAAUGGACUCAUCAUACAGUCUCUAAAGUGGAAGGAACAUUCGGUUAUCUUCCGCCGGAGUUCUUCAUGUACGGCAUCGUCAAUGAAAAAACUGACGUCUUUGCUUACGGAGUACUUCUGUUGGAGCUCAUCACCGGCCGACAAGCCGUCAAUAGUUCCCAGCAGAGCCUUGUUAUGUGGGCAAAACCUUUGAUAAAAGAAAAUAAGAUAAAAGAACUAGUUGAUCCAUGUUUAAGGGGCGGCUAUGAUUUGGACCAGAUGAACCGGGUUAUUGCAAUCGCUUCUACUUGCAUACACCAGUCUGCAGCGAACCGACCCCAAAUGAGCCAGGUUGUAUCAGUGUUGAAGGGUGAUAUAAGCUGCUUGGAGAUGCUUCGAGAACGUGAGAAAUCAGUACAUCAAAGAACAUACUCAGCAGAGGAUAUCAAUGACGUGGAAGAUUAUAAUUCAACUAAACAGUUGAGCGAUUUUAACCGCCAGCUUGAGCUUCUUCUAGGAAAUACUGAAGAUACUUUAUAAAAUUUGUAUUCUUCUUCAAAUCAUUAUUACGAA